CAAUCACAAACUCAAAGUCCCCAAACCACUCUAUCUUUCCGGCUUAGAUCUAUCUAUUUCUUCUUCCCUCCAUCUCUCUUGUUACUACAGUGCUUCAGAAAAUGGCUGGGAUAUUUGACAAGGCUAAGAACUUCGCGACUGAGAAACUGGGCAACAUAGAAAAGCCAGAGGCAGAGCUGACAGAUGUUGACUUCAGGAAGGCGAGCUUCGAUGCUGCGGAGUACCUCGGCAAGGUUCAUGUCAAGAACCCUUAUGAUCACUCCAUCCCCAUCUGCGAGAUCUCCUACACCCUCAAAUGUGUUGGCAGGGAGAUUGUAUCUGGGAAAAUUCCGGACCCGGGAUCGAUUGAGGCAAGCGAUGUUACAAUUCUGGAGGUACCAGUGAAGGUGCCACAUAGUGUGUUGGCGACCUUGUGUAAGGAUGUUGGGGCAGAUUGGGACAUUGAUUAUGAGUUGAUAUUGGGUCUCACCAUUGACCUUCCUGUGAUUGGGAAUUUCACCAUACCUCUGUCCAAGAAGGGAGAGAUCAAGCUUCCCAGUCUCACCAGCCUCUUUGGUUGAGCUCCCCAAGUUUCAAGCUUCUCUGUCUUUGUAUGUUGUGCUUCAUAUCAAGAUUUCCUAUGUGUUUUAGUUGAAAAGAUAUGUUUGGCUUCUGUAAUACCCCUGCUGGUUCUGACUCCUGACUCUGUUCAGCUGAUCACAGUUAACACUUUGUGGGUUAAUAUAUUGAAGUCGUCACUGCAAGAAUGAAAUCUUGAAAAUAAAUAUAGUUUACGAAUUUGUGUGC